UAUUAAACGAUAUAUAGAGAAUAGGGAUUGACCCAGUAUAUCGUUCGUAGUAGGAGCGCAAACACGCUGGCCACACCCCCUCUUAAUCUUUUAUUAAUAAGGAUUCUGCGUUUGUGUAGGUGGAUCUGAAAAUGUGACUUGGAUAUUUUGCUGUUUCAUCUUUACCAGAAUUUUAUCCUCAGUCUACUGUAUCCCCUUAUUUUUAUCCUGAUACACUUGCCAAUAUUCUUGCCUUUGGCUGGCAGCAGCAGUACGUAGACGACACUGGGCAGGGAAAGAUCCGCCAUGAAUACUCCACAGCAGCAGUCGCCAUGGCGCAGUCCCGCAGUGGGUGGCAUCGCCACCACCACCACCAUUAUCAAUCAGAUCUGCGCUGAUUGUGGCGCUGCAGACGCCACGUGGGCCUCAGUGAACCGUGGUGUGCUCAUCUGCGAGGAAUGCUGCAGCAUCCACCGUGUACUGGGCCGUCAUGUGACCCAGGUGAAACCCCUGCCCUUAGCCCGUGCCCGGCCGCAGCGUCGCAGCACGGCAUCCAGUGCCAGCGGCAGUCCGUCCUCUAGCGCCGCCGCCGGAUGCUGGCAUUGGCCACCCACAUUGCUCACCAUGGUAACCAGCCUGUACAGUAAGGGUGCCAAUGGUCUGUGGGAAUACUGCCUCCUCCAUCCCGGUUCCUCGUCCGGCCACACCAGUUUGACGUCCAGUGGGAGCAGUCCAUCGGCGCUGGCGGCAGCAGCCGCCACAGGGCAUAAGCAGCACAGCCAGACGCAACGCCGCAAACCGUCCCCGAAAGAUCCGAUCCAUCCCAAUAAAUCGGACUUCAUCCGUGCCAAGUAUCAACUGCAGUCAUUUAUUCACCGUCCCACUAGAGACGAUUCGCAAAGCACAUUGGAGGAUGGUAAUCGGCCUCUGCACGUGGCUGCCAAAGCUGGACAAGCAUCGCAGGCGGAACUGUUAAUUGUAUGCGGCGCUGAUCCAGGUGCUCCUGAUCGCUUGGCGUUCUUCUUAUGCAAUCGUCGACCGGAUCAUGCAGCCGGACAGCACUUCCCAUACCAGAAAUGGGGGAUCACUUGCCAAGGAGAGGAUGCUCACACGCCCACACACCGCCGCCCAUCCGGAUUUUUGCCGGUUAAUCCGAAAUUAUCUUCGACGCAUAAUCAAAUGCGUCAGAAACUGGGCACGCUAAACUCCCGUGACUUAGCCGGCCUGAUCAUUGAUUUGCUGACCGAAAUACGGCGUCGUCAAGGCGGCGGUGACAGCGCGCGGGCCCUUCCUGCUCCCGUGCCAACACCCCAGCAGGCGACGAUUCUUUCCGUUUCCAGAGCGGCUUCGCGCGGGCCUAGCACUGAACGGGAAGUCGAUCGAGAUGUCGCAACCCGGGAAAGUCCGGUGUACGACGUGACGCUGGACGAUCGUGAGGAUGAAGACUAUUUGGAUUUUGCGCCAGCUGCCGGCGCCACCCGUGGAAAUGCGCAAGUGGUGCGCGCGGGAAAGGAGCCCAUUUAUGCUCAGGUGCGGAAUGUGCGUUUGACACGGGAGACCAGCCAGCAGAGUGUGACGGCGGAGCAAACGGUGGAUGCUUGA